GCACUCUUUCAUGAAGGCAAUUUCCCCAGCAAGUGUCAAGAAAUGACUUUUACAAGUCUGCUCUGCUUUAUGAGAUUAUGAAAACAUGAACAUAUGGAACACAUAAAUUCGGAGUAUCUGUUACUAUGGCAAUGACUGCGGGGACUACAACAACUUUUCCCAUGAGCAACCACACCCGGGAAAGAGUGACCGUAGCUAAACUCACAUUGGAGAAUUUCUACAGCAACCUAAUUUUACAGCACGAAGAAAGAGAAACCAGGCAAAAGAAGUUAGAGGUGGCCAUGGAAGAAGAAGGAUUGGCAGAUGAGGAGAAAAAAUUACGUCGAUCACAACAUGCCCGCAAAGAAACUGAAUUUCUCCGACUCAAGAGGACAAGGCUUGGCUUAGAUGACUUUGAAUCCCUGAAAGUUAUAGGGAGAGGAGCCUUUGGAGAGGUACGCCUUGUCCAGAAGAAAGAUACAGGCCAUAUCUAUGCAAUGAAGAUAUUAAGAAAGGCUGAUAUGCUUGAAAAAGAACAGGUGGCCCAUAUCCGAGCUGAGAGAGAUAUAUUGGUAGAAGCAGAUGGUGCCUGGGUUGUGAAGAUGUUUUAUAGUUUUCAAGAUAAAAGGAAUCUUUAUCUAAUCAUGGAAUUUCUCCCUGGAGGAGACAUGAUGACAUUACUAAUGAAGAAAGAUACCUUGACAGAAGAAGAAACCCAGUUCUAUAUUUCAGAGACUGUUCUGGCUAUCGAUGCAAUUCACCAGUUGGGGUUCAUUCACCGAGAUAUCAAACCAGACAACCUCUUAUUGGAUGCCAAGGGUCAUGUAAAGUUGUCUGAUUUUGGUCUAUGCACAGGAUUAAAGAAAGCUCAUAGAACUGAAUUUUAUAGGAACCUCACACAUAACCCACCAAGUGAUUUCUCAUUUCAGAACAUGAACUCAAAAAGAAAAGCAGAAACGUGGAAGAAAAAUAGACGACAAUUGGCAUAUUCCACAGUUGGAACUCCAGAUUACAUUGCUCCUGAAGUAUUCAUGCAGACUGGGUACAACAAAUUGUGUGACUGGUGGUCUUUGGGAGUGAUUAUGUAUGAAAUGCUAAUAGGAUACCCACCAUUCUGUUCUGAAACACCACAAGAAACUUACAGGAAAGUUAUGAACUGGAAAGAAACCCUUGUAUUUCCUCCAGAAGUACCUAUAUCUGAGAAAGCCAAGGACCUAAUUCUCAGAUUCUGUAUUGAUUCAGAAAAUAGAAUUGGAAACAGUGGAAUAGAGGAAAUCAAAGAUCAUCCCUUUUUUGAAGGAGUAGAUUGGGGACACAUCAGGGAGAGACCAGCUGCAAUUCCCAUAGAAAUCAAAAGCAUUGAUGAUACAUCAAAUUUUGAUGAGUUUCCUGAAUCUGAUAUCUUACAACCAGUGCCAAAUACCACAGAACCAGACUACAAAUCCAAAGACUGGGUUUUUCUCAAUUAUACCUAUAAGCGGUUUGAAGGGCUGACUCAGCGUGGUUCUAUCCCUUCCUACAUGAAAGCUGGAAAAUUAUGAAUGAAACUCACAUACGCCCACACCCCAAAAGAACUCAGGUAGCUGCAUCACCAAGGCUUGCUUGGCGUAGAUAACAAUACACUGAAAUAGAUAUUCCCAAGGACGGUGGUGCUCAUCGACUUCAAGAGGAAAUUCUACAGGAUUAGGAUUUCUAAGACUUCUACAGGAAUUAGUUGGCAGUGCCAGCUGGAUUUUUUUUAAUAUUUGACUAUUUUUGUUAACUUUAUUAUACAAAGGUACUGGAAUAAAAGGAGCGUACAUCCCUUUGUAACUGCACUGCCUUCGCGCAUAUUACGUCCAUUCUGCCUCUGUGUACUGUGGCUUUGUACUGUAACACUUCUAAUCAAUUCAGGAGAAACACAUAUCAUUUAAAGCAACAUAGGCUAACCUGUAGGUCAGGGUGCAGUAUUGCUGUUUUCUUGCAAACCUUAUGGGUUUAGAAAAUCAAGAUAAAAGCCAUCUUCCAUAGUUGUUGUUAGAACACUUGCCCUAUUGGUUUAAACAUCCAUAGAGCAUAUAUGAAGACAAUUUAAAUAAUGAUUUUAAUAGAAAUAGGAAAUACACUGGUUAUUUAAAGUUAAUUAGGUUUAUCAUCAAGUUAUUGUGCAGACUCCACCAUACAGGGUGACAAGCUUAUGAGCCGGGUAAGGAAGUACAACACCUCCACUCAAACACAACACUAAUCCAUUUACUUUUCAUCCAGAAUUACUGUUGACUUGUACACAGCUAUCUGUGUACACUUAGGGAGAUGUAUUGUGUAAUAUAGAGAGCAUCCAGUUGCUUUCCUUAAAGCAAAAGGAUUUUUUUUUUUACAGAGAACAUGGCAUUAUUUUCAUUUAAUUAUAGCAAGUUGGUUUCAAGAAAUUACUAUGAGGGCUGCUUGUAUGUAGAAUUUGUGUAUUUUUAUUAAACUAUUUUUUUAAAUGUCAACCUUCUGAUAAUGAUAAUGAACUUGCAGAGAUGCCAAGAGCUCUUUACUUUGGCUUUCCAGAAAGAUGAAGUUGAUGCAUAUCAUACCUGUCAUUUUUUUUUCCUUUCAUUGAAUGGAAGUCUCUCCUUUGGUAGUACUUGUAUUAUUGUGCCAUUAGUCAUUAUAUUCCAAAUGUACCAAAGAUCCUGAAUUGAGUGGGUGUUCAUGACUAAGAGGAACUUUUAUUUUCCAUUAGGAAUGACAUAUUCGGAUGUGAAAGGGUUUUGAUUGAGGUUAACUUAUUCAAGGGCAAUAUUAUUCAUACAUUUAGUUUCAUCACUGUGGUUUAAGUAGAUGGGUUCCAGGAAGUGAAUGUUGGCCAAGGUUUUGUUGAUUGGGUGGGGGGAGGGAAUGUAAGAGUUCAUACUCAAAUCUAAUGAUGUGGCCAGUGAAUCUGUCUUGCCUGAAAGUUAGAUAAUCUUUUAUAGCUCUAUAUUUUAAUUCUGAAAUGACUAUCUGAAGUUUUAGCAUUUCAUAGGGACCUAACAGUUAAAAGAGUAAUCCGUUAUCUAAGAAUGUCCUAAUAAUUUGUGUCUCCAAACAAUGAAAGCAGUCAACAACUACAUUUAUUGUAACUGACUUUUUUCCCCCCCAGAAUCUAGACUGAUGGUUUGCUCUUAGGAGUUUUCCUGCUCUUGAACAGGAAAAAUUGUAUAUGAGCAUUAUGCAAAAUUUUAAAGCUUUUAUAGUUGUUGCUGCUAGGUAACCCCACAUCUGUCUCAAGAGCAUCUGGCUUUUACUUUUGCCACCUAAUGUUCAGUUCCAAUAUUUGAACCCUUGCUAUGUGUUCAUCCAUGACUUCAUCUUCUCUAUUUUCCAUGUCUGGGUCAUGUGACUGAGUAUCCUAAGGGUGAAAGUUAUUAAAUUUUUUAUUUGGGUUAUCUCAAUUUGACUAACUUUCUGAUUUUUCAAAGCUAUAACUGCCAUUUAUAAACAUUUUCAGCUUCCAGGAUUCUUUACUAGAUACUGCUGGUUUAUUAAAGAGCUAUCCUAAUAGGAUAAAGGUGUUUUGGUAAGAUUCAAGGAGAUUGCAACCUUAUCCAAUUCUUAAUUUUCCCCUUUUACCUUAGUAACUAGCACAGUAAAACAUUGUUAAUUCAAGAUUCUGAAGGCCAAAUAAAAUAGUAAUAUCUAGUGAAAGGAGCUGAAAUAUCCACUAUCUCAUUUUAAUUUCAAGGAAGCAGAAAAGUUUAGCAAACCUGCUUCUUUCAGAUUAUUUCAUGGAAAGAAUGUAGAAAUGUUCCCAGUUCCUUGUCAGUGGAAGUCAUAAAAAGUUUACUUUGUUUAGAUUAUCACUUGUUAUUUUUCUCACCUUCACAAGUUAAUAGGGUGAUUCACAAUCCAUCGGAUCAUUUCAUCUAAAGCAUUUCUUAAGUGCCUAUCUAAAAGCAAUUAAAGACUCUCUGUCCUUUGUGAGCCUACAAUUUGAUUAAUGAUACAGAUUAAACAGGUGAUUUGCAAAGUACAAUUGAGACUGAAUUUUCACUAUUACACAUGUACCAUAUUUCAGGUAAACCACAUCAUUUUAAUGGCAAAACACUAAACAAUGAGGUAAUAGCACUUGCUUUGAAAUUUGCCACGAUUUUGAAUUAACAGAAGUUUUACUACAAAUUAUUUUUUUCCUAAAUAUAUAAAAAACUGUAUAACUCAGAUUUCUUGAUAUCUUGAUUUUAAUGUAGACUUUGACUUUUUUAUUGAAAAAACCACCUUUAUAUUAAAGUGAGUUAUGUUAUUUUUCUUUAUGGACAUUUCUUAUUAAUACAGCUUUAAAUCUCCUUUAAAUUUACCAAAAUGUAGAGCUGUCAGAAAAUAUUGAAUUGCUUAGAAGUCAUAUAUUUGAUUUCUUAGCACACUGAUUUUAACAAAAUUAUUUGGUGAAGAUCGGAAAUAAGAGUUGUAAAAUAUUGGAAACAAUCUUUGAUCUUUACAGAUCAUUAUAAAACAUUAAUGAAAUUAAAAUGUAAGCCUAAUGUUCUGGGUUAUUUUGUUUUUUAACCCCUACAUAUCUUCCUGGAAAUCUGUAUGUUUUAAAACUAUUUCCCCAUAUAUAAGUAUUUUAUUUUAAUGCUUGUCUAUGGAAGAUCUACAAAAUAUUGGUAAUUCUACUUUGUUGAGCAAAAAAAAAAAAAUCAGUUGUCCAGUUUUUUACAAUUUCCAAAGAAAGUAGAUCUCUGUGUUGAUAAGCUAAGAUCCCGUGCCCCUUAACAAAUUCUCUCAUCUGAAUCCCAUAAAAAUUCUAGAGGAAUAUUUUCUUCUUACCCUAAUAUUUUCACUUUAUUUUUAUUUAAAGUUUUUUUUUCUUUUCCCUUUAGAAGUGCACUUAUUUCUGAAAGAUGUACAUGAGAAUACUCAAAAUAAACUUAAAUAACAAGACAUUCAGACCUCUGGAGGCAAUACUUCAGUUUUCUAUGAAAGUUUAAUAUUUGAGGGUGAUACUGUUAUUUUAAAUAAGAACAAGGUUACAAACAGAAAAAUAGACCUCCAUUCUUAAAAAGCAAUCUGAAAACAUAGUUUAGUAAUUGUGUAGAAAACUAAUCAUCGGAAUAUUGGCUUCUGUGUUCAGUUACUAAGAUUUGUAAAUGCUGGUUUUGGUGGGGCUUAGGUUUCUUUUUCAAGAGUCAGACAUGAAUAAAAAGCUAUGUUUACAAAAUUCCUUCUGAUGAAUGGU